UUAGCUCCGCCCUCAAGAAAUUGUCUCCUUUUUAUUUCUCAUUUUUGAACUUAUUAUUAUGCAAGCAAGGUUUCGUGCUGGCCUAUUGGGUGCCUUACAACAGUUUGGGAAGGUCUCAGUGGUUCCUAAACUCCUUUGCUCUUUGUUCCCCCUAUUGUAUUUGAUUGGAUACAUACCAGGAGCUGAGGAUAACCUACUAGUGACACCUGGAUUUUUGGCUCCGCCUCAUGCAAAGCUAUGGACUAUUUUAACUGCAGUGUUUUAUGAAAACAGCAUCAUUUUAGUUUUCCUUGAUAUCGUUGCUUUGGUGGGUUUUUCGUUACUUCUGGAGCCCCUCUGGGGUUUAAAGAGAUACCUAAUAUUCUCUUGUCUUGUUGGGUGUGUCAGUAUGGUCUCUGUGGCAACGGUUUGUUUUCUUGUCUACGUGUGCUCUGGUUCAAUUCAGAUACUUUUUUUAAAGAUUCAUGGUUUCAUUGGUCUGGUCUGUGGUUAUCUUGUUGCUGUCAAACAGGCUCAUCCUGACAGUGUGGCUUUCCCUCCUCCUGCCCCUCCCACUCUCAGAGUAAAGCAUCUACCACUACUGGUGACAUUCAUUGCUCUUCUCCUUGCUAUAUUUAAACUUGUCUCUUUCACUCAUUCUCUUUUAUCCUUCAAUGGUAUCGUCAUUGCAUGGAUUUAUCUAAGGUUUUACGAGAAGCAGGACUCCUCCGGAACUAGGGGAGACUUCUCUGAGUCUUUCUCUUUUGCAACUUUCUUCCCCGAGAUAUUACAGUGAGAGAAGAGGGAAGCAUAAAGAACUAGAUCACUCGUCUCUUUGUCUCUGUCUUUCUCUCUCUCUGUCUCUCUC